UUCAAACGGUGGCUCUGGAAAGAGGCUGGGCGCGAGAUUCGGCGGCAGGGACAAAAAAGCCAACAAGGGCGGCAGCGGCCGGAGAAGGCGCUGGAGGAGGACGAACACCGAGUGGUGAUAGCCGAACAAGGCCAUAGGAGGGGGACUUGGCGCCUGCUUUCCGAUUCUUUAUCCUGCCAGCUUCGGCUUGGUGCCGGGUCAUGUCCCCCAUGCGGGGGGCGAAGCGUGGCCGGGGCUAAAAGGCAGCUGUCUCACCCACCCAUCCCCGGGCUCGUGAGCUCCCUUCGCUGGCGGUGGCAUCUCCGCUCCCCUAUUCUCGCCUUAUGGUGCGCGCGAAGGAUGGCGAAGAGGCCGCGCAGUUUGCAUUUUGCAGUGAGGAAGAUGAGGAUGACCUUCAUUAUGCAGAUCAUGACUAUGAAGUACCACAACAAAAAGGGGCAAAGAAAAUCUGUAAUCGAGUCAAAUGGACACGUGAUGAGGAUGAAAAGCUGAAGAAACUAGUAGAACAGCAUGGUACAAGUGACUGGACAUUUAUUGCAGGUCAUCUACAAAAUCGUUCUGAUUUUCAGUGCCAGCAUCGAUGGCAGAAAGUCCUAAACCCAGAACUUAUUAAAGGCCCCUGGACUAAAGAGGAAGAUCAGAGGGUUAUUGAACUUGUUCAAAAAUAUGGCCCAAAGCGCUGGUCUUUGAUUGCAAAGCACUUAAAAGGAAGAAUAGGGAAGCAAUGUCGAGAGAGGUGGCAUAAUCAUCUUAAUCCGGAGGUAAAGAAAUCUUCAUGGACUGAAGAGGAGGACAGAAUCAUCUAUGAAGCUCACAAACGUUUGGGAAACCGGUGGGCUGAAAUUGCAAAGCUGCUUCCUGGAAGGACUGACAAUUCAAUAAAAAAUCAUUGGAAUUCCACUAUGAGAAGAAAAGUUGAACAAGAAGGAUAUUUACAAGAUGGAAUCAAGACUGAACGACCUUGUUUAUCAAAAUUGCCACAUAAAACAUGUGCAUCCUCAGACCAUCUUCAUACUCCAAAUCAGUUUUACAUACCAGUUCAGGCACAUAUCCCAGGAUACCAGUAUGUGUCAACAGAAGGCAACUGCAUAGACCAUGUCACACCUUCUCCAAACUUCAUUCAGCAGCCUUUUGAUGAUGAUCCUGAUAAAGAGAAAAAAAUAAAAGAACUGGAGCUGCUGCUUAUGUCUGCUGAGAAUGAAAUCAGGAGAAAGAGAGUCUCAGCUCAAGCUGGAAAUUUUUGUAACUGGUCUGGAAGCUUCAUCAUGGAAGACAGCAUGUCAAAUACCCUAAAUAGCCUUGCAGAGCAAACAAAUGACUUUUAUAUGGAUGAUACUCACGCUGGAACAGCGCAGCAAAAUUCACCUACCAAAUAUUUGGCUGUGGAGGCAAAUGCAGUGUUAUCAUCUCUACAGACCAUUCCUGAAUUUGCAGAAACAUUAGAACUCAUUGAGUCUGAUCCUGUAGCAUGGAGUGAUGUCACAAGCUUUGACCUAUCUGAUGCAGCUGCCUCUCCUGUCAAUCAAGCACCAGUAAAACUAAUGCGGAUUCAACACAAUGAUGGUGCCAUGGAGUGCCAGUUCAAUGUAAGUGUUCUACUUGAUGGAAAAAAAACAAAUGACGAGGAAGAAUCAGCAUCUCCAAGUGCAGCCAAGUUCAGCACUCCUCCAACUAUUUUGCGCAAGAAGAAGAAAGUCAAAGCUGGACAAUCACCAGUGAGUGAACAGAAUGAUGGUUCAUGUGGAAGUGCUCCAGAUAUUCAACUAAAACAAACACCAGUGAAAACACUACCCUUUUCUCCUUCUCAGGGUUGCUCUUGUGUGUAACAGAGUCAAAGAAAUC